UCUUUGCUACUGUAUGAUCUUCUGUGAUCCCUCCAUGCCUGGAACUUCUUGAACCUUCAACUCAUUCCUUUUUGCUCGGGCGACAUGCCUGCACAACUUGUAACUCCAUCUUCCACCAGUAUACAUAUAUCCUCCCCUGCCCCGUCUUCAAUCACGCUUGUUGUCAAUGGCACUGUUUCGGAUGCUUCACCGGACUCUUUAUCCUUCGCCGAGCUGGAAGGAAAGGAGCCCAAAGAGCAGCUUGAGUUUCUGGAAGCUCUCAUAGUAAAGGAAAACCGAAUCAAAGAUGGUGCAGAGAACUUGUUGAAUAUGCGGCUAGAUGACAUACUCCGUGAAAAGGUCGUGUCAGAGCUAAAAACCGCAAGUAUUCGGAUAAAAGCUAUUAUGGAUAGGAAAGCAGUCAUUGAAACGGCGCUCAGAAAGCAUACCAGACGAAGAGGAGAGCAUGAGCGGGAACUGGACGAGAGAGGAGACGAUUUUCGAACUGCCCUUCGCAAUGCACAAGACUGUAUCUCUUCAUUAAUCUCUUUCAAAUCUGAACCUCCGGACCCUUCCAAUCUUGAUAAAGAGCUGGUUAAAGUAAUGACGAAACUUGUUGGCAUCUUACAACGAAAUCUGCGCGUCCGAUAUGAACUCACCAUCUCCGAAAUUGCUCAAUCUGUAAUAUUUGCUCUCGCCGAUAAACGCACCAAAGAGUGUCGUGCAGUAGCAUAUCGUGUGCUCCGACAUUCCCUUGUGGACCCGGAAUCUGUUAAGAAGUUGAAGGAACAGGAAAUAGAUUGGUACAUAAUUAGGUCUCUGCACCGGGAUAACAAGUUCGCGGUUGAGAAGGAGCAGGUCAUCAAACUUAUACGUUCUAUCGUUGGAGUGGGCACUGUGUCUAAUGGUGGUCCCGGAGGCGUGCCUCUUUCUGAACCAGUACUUCGUGCGUUUAUCGCUGUCGCAGAACAAGCGGAUGAUCCUUUUAGAUUUAUCUGCAUACAAACUUUGGCUGAGCUAGUCAUCCUUGAUACGGACUUAGUAGACAGGGCUGGUGGUAUACGCUUCCUCCUGCAUGCUGCCGGAGAGGGACCGGUAGAAAUUACACCAAUACUGGCUUCUACAUUUUUGCAUAUAAUUGAUUCUCCACGAACUCGAGCUUACCUUCGUGUGGGCACAGACCUUGAGAUAGUUCUCACUGCAGUUACCGAUGCCUACGGUAAAGGGCCUGAUCAUGCUGAACGUAUGAAGAGCUAUACCAGAGUUAUACAAGUCAUGUUACGGACAUGGAGUGGGCUGAUGUACUUCUGCAUGGAAGAAAUGGGAGCUGUUCGUUCUUUGGUAGAUACCCUUCGGCUACCUUCUUUAGAAACACGAGAAGUUGUUUUGAACAUGUUUUUCGAAAUCUUCAACAUCAAAUCUCCGGAAUGGUAUCAAACUUUCAUUGCUGGCAAGCGAUUGACUACCUAUCAUGGUCUCAAACCGCCUGAGCCCGAACCUCAGGAACGCACUGUGCAAACUCUCAAGCUCACCGAUCAAUACAUUGCCCUUCUUAUCCUGGUAUUCACCAACGUUGGGUUGCUAGAGGCUCUUAUUUCCAUAAUGGAGGAGGUGCCUACUGGAUCCGUUCUUUCUCGCAAGGCCACACUGUUAGUAGGCGAAAUCCUUCAAAUAUCCAAUCGUGUCUUGCCAUUAUCGGUGGCUGCUCGAAUACAGGCUUUACCCUCGAUAUUUGCUAUGGCAUCCAACUAUGAUGAUGGUCAACAACGACUUGUUGGUGCCUCAACACUAUCUGCUCUAGAUAGUUUCAAUCGGAACCGCACUCGACUGGAACCUGGUGUGGUGAAAACAUCUUCACGACUCAGGGCAAAUUCAGUGGAUGACGCCGUUCGGCGAGGGCAAAGACAGGUGGAGCAAGCCAAACUAAAACUAGGCAUGCAAAUGGAUGACAAGACCUUCCAAAGCUCUCUUUUGGAAACUCAGGUGAUGCUCACCAAGGACCAUGCGAAGUGGAACUUUGAUACCUUGCAAGAAAUCAUCGAGGGUCCUUUGCUGCAUCCUAAACGGAUGGAUGAAGCGAUUAAAGGAGCGCGCUUUAUUAGACGUUUAAUGACGUUCUUCCAUCCUUUCAGUCAUAGGUUUUCUGAUAUGCACCGUAUCAAAGUCAAUCUGAGAUGGGUCCGACUAGGCUGUUCGCUUCUGACUACUCUCUUGGCUAAUCAAGACGGAAUCCGGUAUCUGUCGUCAGAGGAUCCAUUCAUGGGCCAAAUCGUCAAGUGCUUCGCGCAACUUGAUCCUUUCAACAGCCAAGCAGCACCCGACUCAGAUCCAAUGUUUUCCAAAAGAAGAAUUGCCGAAACCCUGACGUACGGGUACCUUGAGAUGCUUGGGACCCUCAGUAAACAUAAGGAGGGCAUCGAGAUUCUCGAGAACUACAAAAUAUUUACCGCUUUCUAUCACUUGAGCGAUUUAAAGAGCAGAGAUGAUCUUAUCAAGGGAAUAAUUGAAAACUUGGAUUAUAGCACAGACGGUCAUCCGCGUAUCGUCUUAUCCAAGGCCCUUACUUCGAGCCACAAGCGCAUUCAACUGCAUGCCACCCAACAUCUGGGAGAGUUGAUUCGCAACUCCCCUGCGGCAAACUCAUGGACACUCAGAUUAUUAUUAACCCAAUUAUACGAUCCAUCCGUUGAAGUUCGAAAAUUGGCUGUCGACUACCUAGAGGAGGCAUGUGAAGCAAAGGACAUCCUGGAGAUGGUGGUGGAAAUGCGACCUGUGAUGGACCAUCUUGGUGAAAUGGGUAACUCGCUCCUACUCAAGUUUAUGUCCACACCCACGGGGUUUCGCUACUUAUACGAUGCUGGUUACAUUGAUCGCGAGAUGGAUAUAUGGUUUGAGGAGCACAAUAUUUAUUAUGUGGUUCAAGUGGAAGUUUUUUUGUCGCAGGUUUUUAGUUCAAAUGAGGAAGAGGAACACACUUUAGGCUUCGAGGGGACCGUUCCACCUCAUUUCUAUGGGGAGAUGGCCAAGACAGAAUUAGGUUGUCAAGUCUUGCAGGAAAAAGGUCAUUUCGGGGACUUUGCUCAAUUCAUCCGUCAACAUGGGCAUGAAAGUGAGGAUACGGAGUUGAUCAUGAAGCUCAAGAGCGUUUUGUGGGCCGUGGGAAAUAUCGGAGCGACUGAAGGGGGACUUUUCUUUCUGGAAGAAGAGGAGAUCAUACCGGCUGUGCUUAGCAUAGCUAAUAAAUCACUUAUACCCUCCGUACGCGGAACCUGUUUCUUCGUUUUGGGACUCAUAUCGACCACCUCUCAAGGCGCGGAAAUCUUGGAUGAUUAUAAUUGGGAGGCCACCCUAACACCCAUGGGCAUGCCUACUGGCCUUUGUAUACCCGUUGACGUGGGCGAAUUUCUUUCUCUACCAUCUUGGAAACAACAUGUACCCGACGUGACCAGCACCCAAUUGAUUCCUCCCACCUCUGAACCGGAACUGGAAGCACUCACCGCCAUACAAAAGCUUGCCAAUACAGUAAUUGCAAACGCGGCUUCACGGUCCCUAGCAAGAAUGAAAUCCCGACCAGAAUAUCGUUCAGUCUUCACUUCACCCGCCAUGCUUUACCGCGUUUUUCAUACUAUAUCCACGUCAAGAUACCGUCUUCCGGUUCGGCGAUAUAUUAUGGAUCUUUUCAACAUCGAGCUGGACGAGGAAGUGGUCGCCGCUAUGGUUGAGGCGUCGAAGAAAUUCAAAGCGAAUUCUUUGCAUCCACCUCCGAAAACAGAUCUCAAUCGUCGCCUUAGUAUGUUCGGUAAUCUAGGACGACGUUCGUCAGUAAGCGACGAUGAAGAUGACGAUGAGAUGAAUGAGGAUUCCUCACCUGUUUUACCGAAGAGAGAAGAACCUGCAUUUGCGCUGCGUCCUGUGCACAGAAUUGCGGGGUUUGCCGUUGAGUCCAUUGCGAUGGGGAGAGAGCCUGGGUGAUAAUUUUUCCCUAACCUUAGUCGUCGACAUUCCUAUCACCCUAGGACUUAAAUUCAUAUAAAAUACUCCUUAUAUGCAUGAAUCGGAAAGGAAGUUCAACUAUGU